AUGCUCAAGUGCAUACACACCCGCAAACCGAGCCUGCCUGAGUCUUCGUCGGAGUGUCUUGUGCGUCCUGCCCACGUAGAGCGUCUUGAGGCAGCUCUGGAAGCCGGCAUCUUCACGGAGAGACCGACGACCGGCCUCUUCUGCCCCACGCCUGCCCGAGGCCAUGAGAGGAGGGCAAGCGAUCGCCAGGACGAGGGUAAGUCAUGCCGUUUUCAUACAGUUUCAGGCCUCCCGUCUAGCCGUGCAUCAGCAUCAUCUGUAAGAGUAUACUUCUCUCGCCCUCAGGCUCCAUGGUGA